AUGAAUAGAGAUAAUAAAUUAACCAUUUUUGAUACUCAUUGCCAUUUAGCGGAUAAAGAAUAUCACAAACAAGACCGAAACCUCAAAGAAAUUAUUCAAGCCGCUGAAGAGAUAGGGGUAAAAUAUAUCCUUAAUACUGGGCAAGACAUGCCCACUAACCAAUUUUUACUUACUCAAUUAAGAACUUUUGCUAAUUUGUAUGGUGCUUUGGGUUUACACCCGAAUAAAAUAGCCCAAAAAUUCCUUGAUUUAGGUUUUUAUAUUUCUUUUGCUGGUAAUAUUACUUACAAAAAUGCUAAAGGGAAAGACAAGUGGGGAGAAGUGUUAGAAAAAGCACCUUUGGAAAGAAUAGUUAUUGAAACCGAUGCUCCUUAUUUGUCACCCGAACCUUUACGUGGAAAAGGCAGAAACUAUCCCCAGAACAUAAUUUAUACUUUAAAAAAAAUUGCCGAAGUCAAAAAAAUGAACCUAGAGGAAGCAGGAGAACAAAUUUAUUUCAACACUUUGCAGUUGUUCAGGUUACUUCCAUAG